AUGACGAAUUUUAGAGAAAUAAUUUGUUCUGCCAAGGCACAAAUAUCUGGUAUGCAGGCUCAUGGUGUUCCGACGUCUAAAAUUCUGGGGUAUAUGGUUGGACGGGCUGGUGGCUAUUCUUUAAUGGGCUUCACUAAGAAGGAUGCAUACAAUUAUAUUAACAAGGCUAAGCGUGCAAAGAUUAUUGAUGGUGACUCUAACGCCGUUGUUGUAUAUUUGGAGGAAAAAGCGGGAGCCGAUCCGAUGUCGAUGGCUAGCCAUAAGCAGACGACAAUAUUUGGGUUUGGCUUGGUGUUAGAUGAAAGCGUUGGGUCUUAUAAGUGGUUGCUGGAAAAUUUGUUGGAAGUCAUGUGUAACAAGAAGCCGUCAAUUGUAGUCACGAAUGGCUGUGAUUCGAUGAAAGCUGCAAUCAAGUCUGUUUUUUCGGAGGCAGUACAUCGAUUGUGUGCUUGGCAUAUGGAGAAGAAUGUAACCGCUGAUGUGAAGGAAGAGGGACUGCGGCAAUGUUUCACCUGGUGGCUGUACUCAGAUAUGGAAAUAGAUGAAUUCGAGGCUAAGUGGGAUGAUGCUGUUGAAGAGUAUGGGUUACAAAAUAGUUUUUGGGCCAAAGAAACUUUUCAGAAGAGGAUGAUGUGGGCAAAUGCGUAUCUACAAGACAAGUUCUGUGCAGGUUUUUGGACAACAUCCCGGAUGCCGGUUAUGACAACUUGUUUGGAUCCUCUUGAAAAGUAUGCUGCAGAUGUAUACACACGGGAGAUAUUCGUUGAUGCGAAGAAGGAAAUAGUCGGUGUCGGUGCAAUUAAUUUUGUAGCCAAGAUUAGAUGUUCAACUACAAUGGUGUACACAUUGGAGGAAUACGGUGACCCAGGUAGAGAGAUGAUAGUGUUGUACGAUAGGGUUUCAAGGAAAAUGGAGUGCCGAUGCAAUUUUUGGAGCCAAAAGGGAAUUCCUUGUCGUCACAUAUUUUUUGUAAUGAAGCAUGAGCAUUUGACUCAAAUUCCUGAAAGGCUGGUUCUGAAGAGGUGGCGCAAGGAUGCAAAGUCAUUGGAUAAAUAUGCCGAGAUAACGGAAGUUGGUAGUGAAAGGGGUUUCUUACUGCGCCAUGGUGCACUUCAUGCAGCCGCACAGUGGAUGCUAUAUGAACUGGAUAGAGGCCUUGAAAAUGUCCGUCAGAAGAAAGCACACGAUACGGUUGAUUUACAUGACCCUGAUGUGGUGAAGACCAAGGGUGCCCCUCGUGUUAGGAAGCAGGGCGGACGGAAGAGGUGCUGCACCCGUUGCCAAAAAAUAGGGCACACAAAAUGGCACUGCAAUGCGGACCGUGCCUUUGUUUCAAAAGCUGAAGACAACAAAGAUUUUGAGGCAACAAAUUUAGGGUCGGAGGGGUCAUCGCCAACAGAAACGUGCAAGACUGGGUUCGAGGCUCCCAGCAUAAUUGUUAACCGAAGAUCGAUUUCAUUAGAGAAAUCAGUUUCAUUAUAUUAUAACUGUGCUUUACGCUAUUUGUUUUCUGAAGUGAAAUUUGGAAAACAAAUUAUAUCCUUUCUAUGGAGAAUUAUUGCGACCAGAAACAUUGAAGAAUAA